UCUGGCCGAGAUACGAGAAAAUUCCUAGCCGGGCACGUCGCCGUGCUGCUUGACGUUGCCCGAACUGGUUGAGUUCCAGUUGCACGCUGUGAAGACGGUCUGCUUGAACGACUUGGUGUCCUGGAAUAUCUCCUGAUCCUCCAUCUUAAUGGAGGCCGCGAGCGCGGGCGCGAGUGCAUCAGGAACUUUGUGCGUAGAGCAGUAGCAGGCCAGCAGCGAUGCCUUGUUGCUGUCGUCCUUGCUGAUCUCGGAGUCGAUGAUGAAGACGCCGGGGAGGAUGAAGGGGAGCUUCUCGGAGCUCAUCCUGUGAACCUCGAACUCAUUUUUUGACUAAAAUUUUCCUCCUUUUUUUCAGUUGAUUUUUAAAUAUUUCCGGAGUGUUUGCCUUUGAAGUCCAAUAGACCUAUUAACUCAGCUAGUGAAGCACUGAAGCCUUGGCCAGUAACCGUGCGGGUACCCGAUUGUCUGCCUUCUCGAGUGCUCCUGAGUGAACAGUAGAGAGUGGCAUUUUCUCCACCUUUGUUCUUCCCCACGAGAAUCUCGAUCCAGGAGAUUGAAAGGGGAUCCUGCAGGCAUCCGCUCGGAUCGCGUUGCUAGUCGGGUGAGGUCUCUAUUGUAGUUCUGUCACUGUUUUUGCUUUCCCCACAUUCUGCCAUCUCCACGAGACUGGUUUUGAUUCGGGAUGAACAAGGGGUGAUCCUAGCAUCACUGCCCGUCCUUGGUCGAAGCCUAGAUUCGUGGUGCUGAGCGGUAGCUGUGUGUGGGGAAGCAGAAAAUGGAGAAGAAGAGUGCAGUCUUGGAGAAGGGAGAGGGCUCCCUGUCGACUCCUAGAGCUGAGAGAAGGAAGGAGAUGCCGCAAGGAUUGGAGCAGCAGGUUUCGGAUUUGUUCGGUAAGCUUAACCUGACUGCAAAAGAGAAGAAUACUCUAGUUCUGGAGGAUGCCGAGGAUUCCGAUUUAGCUGUGGUAAAUCAUGUAGUGAUUGGAAAGGUGCUUGCACCCAAUCCUAUGCAAUUGCAGACGAUUAUGUCUGCUAUGCGACCUGCUUGGGGCAACCCAAGGGGUUUGGAAGUGAGAAUGGUGGGAGAUAACCUUUUUAUUGCUGAAUUUGAAUCUGAAUUUGACAAGAGCAGAGUUCUUGAGGGUUCUCCAUGGUACAUUGGCCGGCAAGCUGUAGAUAGACAAACUGUUAUUUUGCAGGACUUUAACUCUGAUAUGCGGCCAACUGAUUUUAGCUUUAAUGAAAUGGCUAUUUGGGUGAAUAUCCUAAAUCUUCCCCUUGGGUUAAGGAAUGAGAAAUAGGGUUUCAAGAUAGCAGGCAAGAUUGGGAAGGAGGUGUUGAAAGUUGAUGUGGAUGAACAGAAAAGGGAAGUUGGAAAAGAACUAAGAGCAAGGGUGGUUAUUCCUUUAAAUGAGCCACUGCCACGGGGAGUAUCUGUGUUUUCAUUAAGGAGACAAAGAAAAGAAUGGUAUGAUGUGGUGUAUGAGAGACUUCCGUAUUUCUGCUUCUCCUGUGGUAUUAUUGGCCAUUCAGAAAUUGAAUGUCCCAAACCAGCCAUGCGUGAUGAUAAAGGUUGUUUGCCAUAUAGUGAGAAAUUACGUGCACCUGAAGAUAGAAGAUUGAAGUACCAAAGUGAAUGGCAUGGCCAGGGAGACACCUCACCUAGGAAAAGUAAUUCUUCAGGAACAUGGGGAGGUUCUGGUAGGAAAAAGAUGAUCUCGGAAAAAAGUAAUGAUCACAACAAGGUUUGUAAUAGGGAAGACGAGGAUCAGGAUGGCAAUGGAGUGUCUUCACCAGAUUGGGACCAAGAAUCUGACACAAGCAGGCAGGAUCUUGUAGCAUAUGAUAAAGAAAUUAUCUCUCUCACGAAAAAACGUAAGUCUGAUAAGAGAAUGGAAGGACAGGGAAGGAAUAUCAUGGAGUUGAGAAGUUAUCUUUGGCCUUGAUGCCACACACACAAAGCGGUGGGGACCUUCAAGAAAAGAGGGGUACUAAGGAGGUUAUCGAUGGCUCAAAGAAGAUGAAAAAAGAAAACGCGGGGCUGCCGGAGCAGCUCCGCGCGCAAAAAUGAAGCUUAUAAGCUGGAACUGCCGUGGGUUGGGGAAUGCCUCGGCAAUUCGAGGGCUUCUGGAUCUCCAGAAGCGUGAAUCCCCAGGCAUUCUCUUUCUGUCUGAGACAAAAAUGGACUGGAGGAGAAUAGAAAAAUUUCGCUGGUGGUUACAAAUGCCAAAUCUAGUGGUGAAGGACUGGAUGGGUUGCAGUGGUGGUCUUGCUCUGUUCUGGAGAAGAGAUGUAGAUUUAACCUUGAUGAGUAUUUCAAAAUAUCACAUGGAUGCUGUGGUGAAGGAGGAGGAUGGACAUGUAUGGCGUCUCACUGGGAUUUAUGGGGAGCCAAAAGCAGAAGAGAAGGAGAAAACAUGGCGAUUGAUGCGAAUAUUGAAUAAUUUGUACAAGAAACCAUGGCUGUGUUUUGGAGAUUUUAAUGAAAUUCUUUUUGGGUAUGAGAAGGAAGGGGGGCAGCCUAGGGCUGCGUCAUGCAUGGAGCAAUUCAGAAACACUUUGGAGGAUUGUGGCCUUGAUGAUCUGGGAUGUGAGGGCGACAUGUUUACUUGGAGGAAUAAUCAUCAUAAGGCAGCAGGAUAUAUUAAAGAAAGGCUUGAUAGAGCUGUUGCAUGUAAUGAAUGGAGAGGCAUCUUUCCUCUUGUGCGUGUUAUUAAUGGUGAUCCACGAAAUUCAGAUCAUAGGCCAAUAAUUGUUGAAUGUGGAGAGAAAGAAAACAGUAAUAGCUUUGUCAUUCGUUAUGUAUCUCCCAAGUUUGAGGCAAAAUGGCUGGAGGAGCAGGGUUGUUGGGAGAAAGUGCAAGCAUUUGGACUGAAGCCAUGCAGGAUGGGGAGGUUAAUAUGUUGUUUAUACAAAAGAAAAUCCUGGGGGAGUUGCAAAAUUGGGACAGGAAUGUUCUAGGUGAAUUGGGGAGAAGAAUUAGUAAAGCAAAGAAGGAGCUCGAGGCAUGUAGAAGAAGGUGUAUAAAUCAGGAAAAUGUGAAUCGAGAGCAUAUGUUGCGAUACAAGUUGGAGAGAUUACAAGAUCAGCUACAUGUUUAUUGGAAACAAAGAGCUCAUACAUUAUGGCUGACAAAAGGGGACCGUAAUACAAGAUUUUUUCAUGCAAGUGCUUCUGAGAGGAAGAGGAGGAACUUUAUCAAGAGCUUAAAGGGAGAUGAUGGUGACAUGGUGACAAGGAGGAGGCUGAUACCUCUUAUAGCUAACCACUAUGAAAAUCUCUUCUCUUCCUGUGCGGGUCAGAGAACUGAAGAAGUUCUCUGUUGUGUAGAAAGGAAGGUAUCAAGACAAAUGAAUGAGACCCUCAUCAAAAAUUUCACGGGAGAAGAAGUGGAGGAAGCCCUAAGGAGUAUCAGGGAUCUAAAAGCUCCAGGACCAGACAGGAUGCCUUCAGUCUUCUACAAAAGGUUCUGGUCAUUGGUGGGUGAACAAGUGAAGAAGGAGGUCCUAGCUGUGCUAAAUGGAGAUCCCAUGCCGCAGGGCUGGAAUGAUACAGUCAUUGUGCUUAUCCCUAAGGUGUGGAGAGAUACAACACACAUGAGGAAGGCUUUAACCUCAAAUAGCAAGCCAAAAUGGAAAGUCCCACCAGAAGAUGUUUACAAGAUCAAUUGUGAUGGAGCUUUUAUCCUCAGGAUAAAUAAAGCUGGAUGGGGUUUUGUCAUUAGAGAUCACACUGGCAUGGCGAUAGCUGCGGGUGCCGGCUCAGCUAAUUUCCUAAUAAGUGCUCAGCAUGCUGAGGCAGUUGCUUGUUUGAAAGGUAUGGAGUGUGCUGUUGGUUUAAGAAUGAGGCGUAUUAUUUUGGAGACUGAUGCAGCUUUUGUGGCCAAGGCUUUAUCUGCUCCAGGGGUGGACAGAUCUAUCUUAGGCACAUUAUUAGGUGAUAUCAAGGCUUUAAUGUAUGAGGAAUUCUCUGAAUGUAUUAUAUCUCAUGUAUCCCGAGAUUGUAAUAUAGUGGCUGAUACUCUGGCGGUUAUGGGCUUAAACUGUACGAACGGUCCUUUGUUGUGGCAAGGCUGUAUACCGGACUUUGUAACUUUGUUGGUGUACGGUGAUAAGCCAGGAACACCUGACUAAUGGAAC